CCCCCCCCCCCCCCCCCCCGGGCGCCCCCCCCCCCCCCCCCCCCCCCCCCCCCCCCCCCCCCCCCCCCCCCCCCCCCCCCCCCCCCCCCCCCCCACCCCCCCCCCCCCCCAGCGAACCCCCCCCCCCCAACCCCCCCCCCGCCCCCCCCCCCCCCCCCCCCCCACCCCCCCCCCCCCACCCCCCCCCCCCCCCCCCCCCCCCCCCCCCCCCCCCCCCCCCCCCCCCCCCCCCCCCCCCCCCCCCCCCCCCCCCCCCCCCCCAGCACCCCCCCCGGCGGGCCCCCCCCCCCGGGCCCAGCGGCCCCCCCCCCCCCCCCCCCCCCCCCCCCCCCCCCCCCCCCCCGCCCCCCCCCCCCCGCCCCCCCCCCCCCCCCCACCCGCCCCCCCCCCGCCCCCCCCCCCCCCCCCCCCCCCCCCCCCCCCCCCCCCCCCCCCCCCCCCCCCGGGGGACCCCCCCCCCCCCCCCCACCCCCACCCCCCCCCCCCCCCCCCCCCCCCCCCCCCCCCCCCCCCCCCCCCCCCCCCCCCCCCCCCCCCCCCCCCCCCCCCCCCCCCCCCCCCCCCCCCCCCCCCCCCACCCCCCCCCCCCCCCCCCCCCCCCCCCCCCCCCCCCCCCCCCCCCCCCCCCCAACCCCCCCCCCCCCCCCCCCCCCCCCCCCCCCCCCCCCCCCCCCCCCCCCCCCCCAC